AUGGCUAGUGAAAGGGUUCCAAGUGUUGUAGUAGUAGGUGCCGGUGGUGUUGGUGUCAUAUGUGCGUUGUCGUUAUGCACUAAAGGUAAGAGUGAAGUCUCAUUAGUAGUAAGAUCCGAUUACAAUCAUGUCGAACAAAAAGGUUAUCAGAUUGAUUCCUGUGAUUAUGGGAAAUUAGAUUCUUGGAGACCUCACCAUAUCUUCAAGACUGCAGAAGAUGCUGCAUCGGAGGGUAAAUUCUUUGACUACAUUAUUGUUACUACCAAGAAUAUUCCAGAUGGACCUGUUCACUCUAAAGUAGAAAAUAUUAUUAAACCGAUGCUUUUGAAUAAUCAUUCCAUCGAUGCAACCCGUCAAUCUAAUAUCUUAUUGAUUCAAAAUGGUAUAGACAUUGAAAAAUCUAUUCUAGAAACAUUUGAUCAAAAAGAAUACAACUAUACAAUUUUAUCUGGUAUAGAGAUAGUAGGAUCUACUAAAAUUGCUACUGGUACAAUCCAUCAAAUUGGUACUGAAAAGAUUUUUGUAGGUGCAUUUCAACCAGAUGAUAGUAGAGCUAAGGAAGCUGCUAAACAAUUUGUUGAUAUAUACUUAAAUGAAGGUCAAAAUGCUGCAGAGUUCGAUCCAAGAGUACGUCACUCCAGAUGGAAUAAAUUAAUAUAUAAUGCCGCAAUAAAUACCACCACAGCAUUAAUUGGAUUAGAUGUUCCUCGUGCAUUACAAUUUGGUGUAGAUGGUAAGAGUACUGAAUUUGAAAUCUUUAGACCAGCAAUGAAGGAAAUCAUAAAGAUUGCAGCUAGUGAAGGUAUCAUCUUGGAUGAAGCAUCUAUCGAUAUUUUCACUAAUAUCAGUAGAAAUCUCAUGUUUAAACCUUCCAUGUGUGUUGACCGCGAAAAGGGACAAUUGAUGGAACUUGAAGUGAUCUUAGGUAAUCCAAUUAGUAUUGCCAAGAAGAAUGGCGUCGAUACUCCAAUUUUAUCAAAUUUAUAUUUCUUAUUAGUGAUGCUUCAAGGGAAAUUGAAAGAGGCUAACGGGCUAAUUAAAUUUGAUGAAGAGACCUGCAGAAUUGUAAACUGA